AUGGCUUCCAAGGCCGAGUCGCCCGUCUCCUGCACCCCGCCCAAGCCCUCGCCGGUGGGCGCCGACGAGAUGCGCGCCGUCGCGCGCAAGUUCGCCGACCAGCCCGUGCAGAACCCGGAGCCCGGCGUCUGGGCCGUCCUCACCGCCAUCUCCAAGAAGGCCCGCCUCCGCGCCGAGGGGAUGAACAUUCUUUUGAGUGCUGACGAGCACAUUCUGGGCCGCACGACCGAGAACCCGCGCUUCAGGAUUUCUGUUUUGGCAGUCAGUGGGAAUCAUUGCAAGAUAUAUAAGGACACUGUGAUAGGGGAGCUGCAACGCGAUGAACCUGUGCCUGUUUACCUCAAGGACACGAGCACGAAUGGCACAUAUGUCAACUGGAAUAAGGUUACGAAACGAUCACCUCCAACCAAGCUUAAUCAUGGGGACAUCAUAUCAUUUACCCAACCUCCUCAUCACGAUGCCUCUUAUGCAUUUGUCUAUCGGGAAGUUAAUGCGGUCAGCUGCGUAGGGAAUGGUACUACCAUACUCAAAAGAAAAUCAGGGGAGGUUGGUUCUGAAAGCAAGAGGCUAAAAGGUCUGGGCAUUGGUUCAUCUGAUGGUCCUGUUUCACUAGAUGAUAUUCGAAGACUAGAAAAAUCUAAUGCAGAGCUCAGGGAACAACUCGAGGCACAUGUUGUGACAAUUGAGACAUUGAGAGCUGAAAGCAAAACAGCUGAAGCGCAGCAUGAAAAGCAACUAUAUGAUUAUCAAAUUAUACGCAUGACUGCCCUUCCCUGUAACCAAAUUUUUGGUGCAAAUCUGAUGAUGCAGGAACUAAAGGAGUUCAAAGAAACUACAUCAAGUUCUUAUCUCGAGCAAACUAAAUCUCUUCAGCUAGCACUAGAGGGGAAACAGAAACAGCUAGAUUCUCUUAGUACAUUAAACACAGAGUUGCAGAAUUCCAUUAAAGAUCUGGAUGAGAGGCUUAGUGCAUCUAAGCAAUCACGUGCUGAUGCUGACGAGAUAAUUCACAGCCAAAAGGUAAAUAUAUGUGAGCUUGAGGAACAGCUAAGCGAGGAGAGAAACUUAAGAAUAGAGGAGCGUGAUAAGGCUACAGAAGACCUUAAAUCUGCGCUGCAUAAAGUACAAGCAGAGGCUCAAGACGAAAUGAAGAGACAGACAGAGGCUUACCUUAAACAACAAAAGGAACAGAAAGAGUUUAUCGUCAAGCUUCAGGAAUCGGAAAAGGAAACCCGUUUGCUUGUGGAAGCAUUGAGGUCCAAGCUGGAAGACUCUCGUGAAAGCCUUGUAACAUCUGAGAAAAAAGUGCGAGAACUGGAAACUCAACUCCAGGAUGAGCAACUCGUGUCUGCUAAAAGUCAAAAGAAAUCUGAUAAUCUGGAAACUGAACUGCGAAAGCUCAAGAAAGAACUUGAAAACGAAAAGGCUGCUCGGGAAGAAGCGUGGGCAAAGGUCUCAUCUCUUGAGCUUGAAGUAGCUGCUACAAUGAGAGAUCUAUCAAUUGAAAAACGUAGGUAUCAAGGGGCCAGAGAAAGAGUUAUUUUACGAGAGACCCAACUGCGUGCUUUCUAUUCAACUACGGAAGAGAUCUCUUCUCUAUUUGCGAAACAGCAGGAACAGCUUAAGGCUAUGCAGAGAACUUUAGAGGACGAAGAGAACUAUGAGAGCACCUUGCUGGGUCUUGAUCUCAAUGAAGUAGCAGUAGCAAAUGUGAACACCGAUGUUGCCCGUGCAAAGCCAGUAGACUAUGCAAAAGAUACAAUGUCGGGUGCUUCAGCAGAGAAUACCCAAGCAAGUGAACAUAGUUCCACCGAUGAAGAAAUGACCGAGCAGCAGGACGGUGGUACCAGAAUUGAAGGGGGCACUCAAGACUUAGAGUGCACCAGUCCAGAAAGGACAAUAGAGAAAAUCGGAUCUGAUUCUCAUGGUGACUACACUGCAACAGCUCCUGAGCAAGAGACCGAGCAAGUUCUGGAGACUGAAAGCCAAAUCGGUAAUGUUGGCUGCAAUGAUCAUAAUUCCAUUAACAGCGUUAUGGGGGGAGAGACUUUGCAGCUAGAGGAUGAAAUGCAGGCACAACAAGAAACUGAGGAAUCUAACUUGAUUCCAAAAGAGGGAGGGCAGCCACUAGUUAAUGAGGAACAGCAAUCCCUAACCCUCAAAGAUGGCAUUGGUCAGUGUUCUGAAGGGAAACAUGAGGGCGACUGCUCUGCGAGCAAACCUGACGACACGCAGGAUGGAACUAUUCGCACAGCUGAUCUGUUGGCCUCAGAAGUUGCCGGUAGCUGGGCAGUGGAAACAGGACCGUCUGUCAAUGGGGAGAAUGAGUCUCCGUGCUGCUCGGAAGACGUGGGUGGUGACCCCUCUGAAGGACACGAUGAUGACGCAGGGGAAAGAACAGCAGCUGAUGCCCUGACCAGUUUGGUGAACUCUGAUGGCCACUCAGCGGGUAGCCAGACUAAUGCGGAUGGUCGUCGUGCUAUUAAUCAUAUGAUUGGACUUCUUGAUCCUGAAAAGAAGCUUCCAGGAAACUUCGUUGAAGAUAGUGAGUCUGAUGCUGAGACUCGGGACGGUAGCGAGGCCGGGGAUGCAGAUAUUGACAGUGAAGCCAUGGUUGAGGACUCUGUGGGUUAG